AUGAGUUACGCAAAUAACCCGAGGUUAAAUAACGGUCAUCGCGAGACAGCGAGACGUCUCCUACGAUAUUGGGAGACAUAUCCCGAUGAUCCCAAAACAACAAGAAUUUCAGACUCCUUCCGAGCAUAUACGAGUGUUAUAGCGUUCAUCGCGUGGAAUACGAAUAUCGGCCGAAUCGACGUCAGAUACGACGAUAGAACCUGGACUCAGGCAACGCAACUCGAAGACAGCUGGAGGAUAGAGAAUUACGACUAUAACGAGGCGGUAAAUAGCAUCGCCAGGGCGAUUAUCUACGCCCGAGAACUCCAGGACCUCCAAGGACAAUUCGGAGAACCAAGCUCGGAAGAGUUAGACAUCACGAAAGGCAAGCAACCCGUGAGAAACAACGAAACCACCGAACCAGGGCCAAUUACGCCGCCAACACAGCUUCAACAGCAAGAGCAACAACCUCCUGUGGCACCACUCAAGCACGGCCAAUACGAGGGGAAUCACGAAGACCCCCAAAAGCCACAGUCAGCGGUAUCGGAUACAACUGCAAGCCAACCUCAACAAACUUUUCAGCAAGUAGGACCGUCAAAUCAACAACAAUAUACGAAACCGCCGCAAGCCGAGGUUAUUCCUCCAAAAACGGAGGCACGAGUCAUGGGGACCCCAUCGGAGGGAACGCAAUUUAUACCGAGCCAGGGAUGGAAUCCUCAACAGCAAUAUAUGCCCCCCGGCACAGGAGGAUACCUUCCCCCUCAGGGGCAGAUGCCAUACCCAAUGGCAACGGGAUUUCCAUCCUUCCAGACUCCACCGCCCCCUCAAAUGCAGCAGCAGUUCGAGGCAAUGCUAAUAAACGCGUUCGGAAGGCUGUUGGGCACGGCAACGCCGGGAUCGGAACUACCGAACCCAGGGAGGAGAUUCGCGGCCAUAACGAACAUUCAGCAACGAUACGGAGUAUUCUGGCCCGACGCCGACAGCAAGUACGGCAGGGAGCCCAUAUUCCACGACCGAGAGACACCAUGCUACCGAGACGUAGACCUAUGGCUCUCGGCGAUCGAAGCCAAGAUCGUUGAUCCUCACGCCCGAGACGAGGUCUUCAGAGAAUGGCAGAGCCUACUUAGAGGCAAAGCACUCAGCUGGUGGGAAUAUCACCUCGGGCCCGUGGAAAGGAACCAGUACAAGGCCCAGGGAUGGUUCGGCCUGCAGAAGGGACUGAGAGCCCGCUUCGGGCCAACCCAGAUAGAAGCAAUCCAAUGGGUAGUAUCCAACAAGUUCACCGUAGAAAAGAUCGGUAGCAACAAGGACAUCCGAUUAUUCGCCCAAGACUGCUUCAAAUAUGGCAGAGCAUGGUUGGGAUCGUCAACGCCCCAGCAGCAACUACUCACGAUAUUCUACAACGCUCUGGACCCAUCUCUGCAACGAUUUCUCCACGAACCAACGCUUAAUGAUACGGUUGAGAGCUAUCUCAGACUCGCCGAGGAAAAACGCGGAGUUAUUCGAAGAUACCUGCAGACCCCAAUCGAGGUUCUUCAUACAACCGCCCCAGACAGUGAGGAUAACGCUCUAUGGGGAGGACCACGCCUAGCCUGGAACAACAGGAACCAAGAGAAACGCGAUUUUCCCCAGCCACAACGUGACCAGCCCCAAUGGCAACAAAAGAAAACGCAACUCAACUGGAAACAACAAAACUGGAAAGAUCGCAAACCCUGGAACGCACAGCAGAAUUUCCCGAACUCAAGGCGAUUCGCCCGGUAUAACCGUCCAGGUCAACCGCCUAACGACGCUAAGUUCGUGUGGGAAGACGAAUCGGACGAGGACAUGAUCAAUCACCUCGUCGAUCACGGGUAUAUCCUCGAAGACGUCGUAGAAGUCCCAGCGGCACAACCACAAGAGGAAGAGGUAGCCCAUACAGGAUGGACUAAUGACGUUGCCUUCCGCGCCCACGAGGCGACCACUCCCAAGGCAGAGAUCCCUCCCCCAUCUCCUCAAAUACAAGAGGAAGUAACGGUAGUCACGACGGCGUAUCAAACAGAGCCCCAGACGGAGCUGCCUAGCGACUUCGCUGGAGUAGCCGUGAAAAACCACGAAAUCAGAGAGUUGCCGAAGUUAGCACCAGGCCAAAUCAUCGACGCUCAGACGAAACCGAAUAAGCGUGGCAUGCCCUCGAAAAGAACACACCUUCGACUCCACGUCAAAGCCGACGACAAUAGCGAACCAGACGAGGUGUGUAUCGACACAGGAGCCUCAACUAUACUAGUUGAAAAGUCCUGGGUCACACGAUUCGCCCGCAAAUCGUCUUUUCGAGCGAUCGAACCAAGGAAAAUGAACGCCGUAGAUUCCACCUUCCAGGUCACAGAAGAAGUGACAUUUGACUUCUACGUCCCUGGUAAAAUAGGCGAGACAGACGUGAACGCACACGUUAUUGUCACAGCAGGGGUUGUCAACAUGCUCGGAGCAAACCUAUUGCUCGGCACCCCCUUCUGUGAGGAACACGGUCUCGUCGUAGACUUCAACAAGUCUGUUGUUAAGUUUCGAUCCGUAUUUAAUAUGGAGGCGCCCGUUGAGUAUCGACGGCAGACGCCACCCGCCAGGCGCGUGGACAACGCCUACGCAGUAACAAUUCCACGGAAGAGUCAAGUCUUCGUCCCGGGACGAUACAGCCCUCUGCCAAGGGAUAGUAACGACGGGAGCGAGACCUGGCACUUCCACCCAACACAUGAGGCAGCGAUCUACAGUACGGUAGACCUCGCGACCCCAGCGCUAUUUCUCAUCCAUAACAAAGGAAAUUCAGAAAUGCGAAUCCCCAAAGGCCGCCGUAUCGGUCACCUCACGAAACAACCACCAGGGGACACGAGUAUCCUGCUCAGCGACCUCGAAGCUGAAAAUGAGCAGGACAACGCAAUAUUCAACAUAACUAACGAGGAAAGCACCCCAGAAGGAAGUACCAAACCAUGGAUAGACGAGAUACCAGACUACGGAAUCUCUAAACCAGACGACGUGCCAAUGAUUCUCAGCAAGCACGGCGUCGAGAUAUGUGACUUCGACAAGGAAUUCGCGCAACAACUGCGGAAAAUCCUCGACAGGUACGAUAUUUAUCACAACAAGGGUAUCAUACCACUCCCCGACGAGGAACGUAUGCGAAUCGACCUCGUCGACGGAUGGCAGAACCAAAAAACCAACAUAAAGGUAUAUCCACUCGGUCUCGAAGACCUCGCAGUUUUAGACGAAACCUACGGGCAACUUCACGCCGAGGGAAAGAUGGAUUGGGCUGACGGCAAGCCAAUUCCGAUUGCCUGUCCUCUUUUCAUCGUAUGGCGACAAACGGAGACCGCGAGAAAACCCAGAGUGGUCGCGGACUUACGCCCACUCAACCGUCUAGCGGUCCCAGACGUUUACCCCUUGCCAGACCAAGAUGACAUAAUGAACGCGAUUCGUGGCAAGAAAAGAAUAACCCUCUUCGACGCCACCGGAACGGACGAUCGAAUCGCUGCAUUUAAGAAUCUCAGGUUCCCAAAAAACCUUAGCGAUCUCGAGAAAUACCUCGGAAUGGCAGGAUGGCUUCGAAAAGACAUUCCAUGGUACGACGUGAUCGCAGCCCCCCUUAACGAAAGGAAAACCGAGCUAGCCGCGAUCCUACGCAAGGAGGACCAGUUGCCAACAGGCCUCAAUAGGGCUAUCGACGCUUGCAAGGGAGGAUUCGGGCUUAUGGUGUUCCAGAUGGAUAUUACCUGGGACGGCGUAGGAAUUCCCGGAAAAGACAUCCCACAAAAGCAUAUCCAACCAGUGCUGUUUCUCUCAAAAGUAACAUCCCCAACAGAGAAGCGAUACUUCGCGACCGAGGCGGAGGUAGCAGCAGUGGUGUGGGCAAAUAUCGCAGCUUUCAACUCAGAGGACGACGAACGGCUAGGAGAACCAGGCGGGUUCACAAUUGGGAUAAGCAAAGACUUCGCCAGGACCAUCGUUGAAAAUUACGAAGCCGACCCAAAGUACGGAAAACUCAUCCAGCAACUCACGAGACAACGAGAGAGUGGUGAUGAGUGGUGGUCACCUAAGGAGGCAGACGACGAGGAAAAUCGCGCUCGGAACGAGGGGCGCACGCCGAUUCGUCGUCGAAUCUCCCCGUGGCAACUAUCAGAGACAGGCUUCCUAUUCCACCGUGCGUAUGAUGGGACAAAAAGGCUGUGUAUCCCACGCAAAGCCGUCGUGGAAGUUCUCAGCCUUGCCCACGAUCAAAAGCACCAUUUCGGCGUAGACCGCAUGCUAGCAGAGCUAGCCAGCUUCCAGAUACGAAACAAGCGAUCGGUAGUAAAGCGAUAUAUCGCCUACUGCCCGAGAUGUAAGGAAAACCAAGUCGACCGGCAGAGACCGCCAGGCAGCCUGCAGCCGAUUCCAGUCGUGGGAAUCCCCUUCGAUACCGUAACAAUCGACUUCGUUACCGAUUUACCAAAAGUAAAAGCACGAGGGAGUCCGUGGGCAUUACCCGGAUUCGAGUGGUUUGAUACGCUUGCGCCCACAACGGACAAAUUCUCGAAGAAAGUUAUACUUCUACCAGGCCACACCACGUACGGAGCCAAGGAGUGGGCAAUAGUCCUCAUUAGGGCCUUCCAACUGGCUGACUGGGGACUUCCACGUCGUAUCAUCAGCGAUAGAGACCCUAAGUUCAUCUCAGCCGUCUGGACCGCGAUAUUCCGCGCUCUCGGAGUGAAACUGCUCUUGUCUACAGCCUACCACCCACAGACUGACGGCCAGAGCGAGAGAACAAACCAAACAGCGGAAAUUGCAAUCCGAUUCCAACUUUCAGAGUACCCGGAAACCCCAUGGCCAGAGGUUCUCCCAGCGCUGCAACACAACCUCAACAACUCGUACACCGCAACGAUCGGGAGAUCUCCCAAUGAGGUCGUAUACGGAUUCAAGCCUCGAAGCACUCUCGACGUCAUCGCGGAAAAAGACGCUCCAACCGAGUCUAUCGACGUCAUAAGAAAGAUAUACCAGGACGAGGCAGCGGCUUUGAUCGAUAUAGCGAACUCGCUGAGAAAGGAACGCUACGACAAAAAGCACUCAGACGUCAGAUUCUCCGUUGGCGACGAGGUUUGGAUAAGACUAGGGAAGGGCUUCCACUUACCUGGCCAACGCCAUAACAAGUGGACGUCACGACGUAUGGGCCCCUUUCGAAUCGUUCGAAUUGUGAGCCCAACAGCUUACGAAGUCGACCUCCCGGCCCAUUGGCGAAUUUUUCCAAUCCUAUCGGUAGCGCAGCUAUACAAGCCAGCCCAGGGAGACGACCCAUUCAACCGUGAACAACAGCCGCCCCAACCUAUCGAGGUUGACGGCAGCGAAGAAUGGGAAAUCGACCACAUUGUGAGCCGCAGAAUCAACCGGAGAAAACGCGAGCCAAGGAUCGAAUAUCUCGUUCGCUGGAAGGGAUUUACCGCAAGGUUCGACACCUGGGAGCUUCGCGAAUCGCUUGAGACCAACGCAGCAGAGCUCGUCAACGAGUAUGAGGCGAGAUAUCCCGUCGACGCGGAGGUUACACCAACCUACCGCUCCAAGCGACGCCAACAACGAAACAACUAG